UUAUUAAAGGUAUGAUGACACGUGUGUCUAUCGAACACGUGUUUUUGUUUAUUUAUAUUUAUACCGGAAACCAAAUUUGAUUGGUUUCUAUAAUAAGUAUUUCACCUGUUAUACAGGUAUUUAAAUUAGAGAAGCGCGACUUCUCGUGUUAAGUGAAUAAAGAAUUUAGCGCCAUUCGAAGGCUCUCUCUUCGUGCAGUUAGACGUGUUUUGGUUAGCUUCCUCAUGGCAGAUAAAAGCGACGAAGAGAUGCUCGAAGAAGUUAUCCUAACCCCAGGAGAAACUACAAACAAUUCUUUCGCUUUGACUGACGCCGUGAAACUGCUGACAUCAACAAUAAAUUCUCAAUUUCAACAGUUAGCUGAAAAAUUACAGGAAGACAGCACAAACUCUGCACAGUUGCUCAAGAAAAAGCUGAAAGAUAACAUCGCCGGAAAGCUCAAGUUCGAAGGUAACAGAGUGCAAUACAUAUUCAACGAAGAGUGUAUUGAAGAACUUGAUAAGUUAAAAGAUUUGUCUUCCAACGAUAAAGAUACUGUUAAACGUUUGAGAGAGAAAAUUAACACAAGACAAAAGCAUAUAAGAAUUGCAGAUGGGUCACCAGCUGGGUGGAAAACGGUACAGGAGUACCAACUCAACGAUGUGGCUGAAAACUCGGACGACGAGAAACGAAUCCGCAGUGCAGAAAACAGGGCGCUCAAACAGACGAAACAGGGAAAGAAGUCCCGGUUCUCUCCUUAUCUCAAACCUGCACAAACAGCUGCGGCUGGCUCUCCUGCUCAGCUGCCUUCUUAUGGUCUGCAACAGCAGAACAACGUCCUACAGACAGCAAACCCAUUCCUUCAGCCCUUUCGUGCAGCUAGCAGGCGCACACCGCAACCAAGUGACGUCUGCUACAAAUGUUUCCAAACGGGACACUGGAAAUCAAGAUGCCCCUCUCAGUUCGGCAGCACUGCGCCCUCCUCCUCAAAAUGAAGUUGAUGGAUUUGCAGAUAUAUUUUCGGUGGGGAGGUGGAGUAAUCUAUUUUCCAGAAUACAAGACCCAAAGCUCCAAGAGUUGGCCGAACUCCUACCAUCGUAUUGUCUUAAAGCAAGGGCCGAAAAUACAACCAAAAAAUACAGGUACACAUUUAACAGAUUUUCUAAGUGGUGCAAGACUUUUGAACCUCAUGUCAAAAAUCUACCAACAACAGAUGUGAAUGUAUCUCUCUAUCUGAUUUACAUUGCGAAAACUUUUAAAUCUGCUCCCAAAAUAGAAGAGGCUGUUCAUGCUAUAGCUUGGGCACAUAAACUGGCAGGUUUUUCAAACCCAUGUGACUCAACUUUGGUGAAGUUCACAAAGGAAGGUUGUUUACGUGAUACCAGUCAACCCGUUACAAAAAAGGACCCUAUAACACCAGAAAUUCUGUCUUCGAUCGUGUCUUUAUUGGGAGGAAAGCAAGCAUCGCUUUUCGAUUUACGUACUUGUUCCAUUUUUUUGUUGGGUUAUGCAGGGUUUCUGCGUUUUUCUGAAAUUGUCAAUAUUCAAAGAUCUCAUGUAACUUUUCAUGAAUCACAUUUGAAAUUAUUUGUUCCCAAAAGCAAAACUGAUGUUCAAAACAAGGGUAGUUGUGUAUAUAUUUCACGCACAAGUUCUCAAAACUGUCCUGUGAACCUACUAGAGAGGUAUUUGAAUUUGUCUGGUAUAGAAGAAAAUUCAGAUGAAUAUAUUUUCAGACAACUGUCUUAUAGCAAGAAAUUCAAUAUUUAUAGACUCAAGAAAUGUAAGGCACCACUGUCAUAUACCAGAGUUAGAGAAAUUGUUUUGUCUACAUUAAAUACUUUGGGUUUAGACUCAAAAAAGUUUGGUGUGCAUAGUCUGCGGUCGGGUGGGGCCACGGCUGCCGCAACUUCAGGAGUGAGUGAUAGACUCUUUAAAAAGCACGGGCGGUGGAAAAGUGAUAAUGCUAAAGACGGCUACGUUCACGAAAAUUUAAAAAGUAAACUUUCUGUUUCCAAAAAUCUUGGUAUAUAACUCUUUCUUUAUUUGUCGAAACUGCACUCUUGAGAGCGCUUCUGUACCUACACACUGUGUUUAUUUAUUUUAUAAAUUAUUUAUGUUCGGUUGAGUGUAACGAAUUAGAACAUAAAUGUAUUUAUUAAAGGUAUGAUGACACGUGUGUCUAUCGAACACGUGUUUUUGUUUAUUUAUAUUUAUACCGGAAACCAAAUUUGAUUGGUUUCUAUAAUAAGUAUUUCACCUGUUAUACAGGUAUUUAAAUUAGAGAAGCGCGACUUCUCGUGUUAAGUGAAUAAAGAAUUUAGCGCCAUUCGAAGGCUCUCUUUUCGUGCAGUUAGACGUGGCCCCCACCCACCCACCCUACUUGUUUUCGUGUAUCAUUUUAUUGUAAUUAACAAUUUUUCUCAUUAUUGUAGAGAACUGAGGAGAACUGAAGAUAUUUGUCUAUAACUUUAUUCGAAUAAACUGCACUCUUGAGAGCGCUUCUGUACCUACA